GUACGUGAUCCACUUCGUCUAUUGCCCAUCACCUUGAACUUUUAUGGACCGAUACAAAAUCCUCGGCAAAAUAGGCGAAGGAGCCCACGGAGUAGUUCUCAAAGCCAAAUCAAUAGAAACAGGCCUAGUAGUCGCUCUCAAAAAAGUCCCACUGCGACGAUUGGAAGAUGGGAUUCCGAAUACGAUUUUGAGAGAAAUCAAGGCUUUGCAGGAGAUUGAUUAUCAGAAUGUCGUCAAACUCCUUUCCGUGCACCCGUCUGGUCCCUCAUUUGUCCUCGUCUUUGAGUACAUGCUCUCAGACCUCUCCCACAUCCUCCGCACAACACCCCUCACCUCCUCUCAAGUGAAAGCCUAUAUGCUCAUGCUUCUGCGAGGGUUAUCCUAUUGUCAUGAGAACAAUAUCAUGCAUAGGGACCUGAAACCUGCCAAUCUCCUCAUUUCGCCGACGGGAGUGCUUAAACUGGCGGAUUUUGGGUUGGCGAGGGUUCAUCGAUAUGCAGGCGAGGAGGUCCCCAAACGCCCGUAUUCGCAUCAAGUAGCGACCCGAUGGUAUAGAGCGCCCGAGUUGCUGUAUGGAGCCAGGAUGUAUGAUGCUGGAGUAGAUUUGUGGGCUGUGGGGUGUAUAUUUGGGGAGCUAUUGAACCAUUCUCCAUUAUUCCCCGGUCAAAAUGAUAUUGACCAGUUGUAUUGUGUGUUGAGUAUUUUGGGGACGCCGACCAAGGAGAGCUGGCCGGACCUGGAGACUUUGCCAGAUUACAACAAGAUUCAAUUCCCAAAUAUGCCUGCUGUGGCAUUGGAACGUGUAUGCCCAGACGCAUCUCAAGAGGCUGUAGGACUAUUGAAAAAGUUUCUCGUGUAUUCUUGCAAAAACCGUAUCCCAGCAAAAGAGGCCCUGCUGGAACCCUACUUUUUCAAUAAACCGCUGCCGGCCCAUCACCUCGAGCUCCCCAUCCCAGAACGAACAACCCAAGAACAAUUCGAUGUCGACAAAUCGCUAGAUCUGUCCGUAUUUUUCCCACUCGGCGCCGGAGGAGGCGGUGGGGAUGGUAUAGUCGAAGAUUGAGUUUCCAACGGGCCGACGAAUAGGGAAGAGGGUAAAUCUCCAGUCGCUGCAACAUCUGCAAUAUUCAAGUACGCAACGAACCCCGUCUAGAACUUCCCAAACUUAAACCCCCCGCACUACUACUUCGUGUUAAUAUGUCUAUAAACUGUUGUGCGUCCUUUUCCUGCUGCCCCCCCGCUUUCACCAUCAUUUGGACGUAUUUCUGUGCUUGAGCUGUUGCAGCCGGAGUAUUGGCCCGAAGAAGAGUAUCGACGAUACCAGUGUAUCCGUACUUUGUGGUGGUUUUAGCAAACUGGUAGAGGGUGGACGGAAGGGUAGCAUUAAAUUCUGUACAUGACACAUAUGAGUGAAUAACUUUGCGGUUGCAUCGCCGGGUUACCUUUUCUAGCCCGU